GUAAAGUCUCUUUGUCUUGUCCAUGGUUCUAGAUUUUCGAACCCCGUGCUCUUUCUCUCUCUUACUUUAAGUACACGUUGAAAAGAUGCCUUCAAUCAGUGUGAAGGAUGUUGACCAGCAUGAUUUUGUGCAAGCUUUUGCUGCUUUCUUGAAAAAGUCUGGAAAACUUAGAAUCCCAGAUUGGGUUGAUUUAGUCAAAACGGGGAUCUAUAAAGAACUGGCACCUUAUGAUGAAGACUGGUUCUAUGUUAGAUGUGCCUCUGUAGCUCGCCAUCUCUAUCUUCGAGCACCUGUUGGGGUUGGGGCACUAACAAAAAUUUAUGGUGGCAGACAUCGUAGAGGCACAGCUCCAGCUCAUUUCUGCCGAGGUUCUUCUAGCAUUGCCCGGAAAGCACUUCAGGCUCUAGAACAACUGAAGAUGGUUGAAAAAGAUGAUAAUGGGUGAGUAGUAUGAUAUAUUUAGUGCUGUAAAAU